GGGUGGGGGGGGUUGUUCAGCGUGGGUGCUUGGCGUGCCAACGACGACGGCGCUGGGUUGCCGUUUCUUUUCCCCCAACCAGUCGAUCCAAGUGGUCGCCGAACAUCGCCUGUACUUAAAGCUGCUAGCUAUUGGAUUGACACGCUGCCCAACCUGCUUUUGGGUAUUUGUUUUGGGGAGUGUUGAAUCGUAUGACCUCAUUGAUCAGAGCAUUGGUUGAAUAGUUCAAACGGUUUACUAGUCUUCGCAAAGAUAAACGGAAAUCCGCAGACAUGGCGUCCCCGCAGGUUUCCGCCGCCCCGUCGAGGCAGACGACGAUGGCCAGCAUAGCUAGCGAUGAGGCUGUUCCCGACACGGAUCCGAACACCACUGCCGGCCUCCUCACCCAGAGGUUGCAGGCCUGGAAGCAUGCCGUCGUCUACCUGGAGGAGUACAUGGAGGCCGUCGAGAGGAUCCACAGGACUCAGGCGAAGGAGUAUGAGCGGGUCUUGAAGACCAUCUCGAAGCCCCUUAGGGAGGGGCAGCACUUCGACCAGAGCCUCGGUGGCGUCGCGGGCUUCUUCGAGAACAUGCGUGUCAACACCCAGGCGCUCAUCAACACCAACAUCGAAACUGAGAAGAGCAUCAAGGGCUCGGCCCUCCCGAUCGUCGAGCGCUUGCAUAAGGAGAUCAAGCACAAGGCCAAGGAGCUGGCCCACGGCGCCGAGAAGAGCGCCAAGGAGGUCGAGAAGGCCCGCAACACCACCCAGAAGCACAUCGAGCUGCUCGGCCAGCACACGGCCUCGUUCGAAGCCACCGGCGGGAAGCACAACCCCUCGGAGGACCCCUACGUCCUCUCGCGCGGCGUCGUGCACCGCCUCUCCAAGCAGGUGAUCGAGGAGAACAACCAGCACAACGACCUCGUCGCCGUGCAGACCAACUUCGAGACCUUCGAGCGCCACAUCGUCCAGGCGCUGCACCAGGACAUGCUCGGGGCCGCGCAGAGCGUGCCCCCCGACUUCGAGUGGAAGGCCUUCACCAAACGCUCAGCCGACGCGCUCAUCAACCCCUCCGACCCGCCCCGAACCGUCGAAGCGAUCCAAUUCCCCAACAUGGGCCACCCCUCCACCAAACCCCUCCUCGAGGGCUCGCUCGAGCGCAAGAGCCGCAACAAGCUCUCGUGGGGCUACACCACCAGCUACUACGUCGUCACCCCCUGCAAGUUCCUGCACGAGUUCAAGGACGACGACAACCUGCGGCGCGACCCGGUGCCCGAGCUGUCCAUCUACCUCCCCGACGCCGUCAUCGGCGCGCCCCACGCCGACAAGUUCAACGUCAAGGGCAAGGACCGCUCCGGCGGCAUGGGCGGCCGCCUCGCGGGCACCUCGGAGCUCGCCUUCAAGGCCCACUCCCCCGCCGAGGCCGAGAAGUGGUUCAACGUCAUCCGCGGCGCCGCCGGCGCCACGGGGCCCGCCCCGGCCCUGGCCAGCCCUGGUGGUAGCGGCAGCGACGCCGCCAGCUUGGCCGCUGUGUCUGCGGCUGCUGGGUCGGGCUCGGAGGAGAAGCCGAAGCCGGUUGUUGCCGUCCCCUCGCCGCAGGAGAGUGGUAUCACGGGCGGUGACACGGUCGCUAGUCCCGUGGCGGUCGCCUCCCCUGUGGUCGCUGGGAGUGGGGCGGCUACGCCGGUGUCGAUGGAUAAGAAGGUUAGUGUGGAUGCCCCUGCUGCUACUGCUGCUGCUUCGGAUGAGAAGCCGGCGGUGGGGAAGGAGGAGAAGGCGUAGUAAAGGGGAGGGUUGGGUAGGAUGUAGGUGGGGGGUGGUUGAGUCGAGGUGUGUGUGGUGGUGGCGGGUUAUGUCUUUUUGGUUUGUUUGGUCAAUUACAUACCCCCUUAAUGUGGUGCGAGGCGGGGAGCGGGAGAAAUGGAAACUGCUCCGUG